AUGGAUAGUUCCGAUAAUUCGGUGACCGCAGGGUUUUUAGCAAAGUAUUAUGCCGCUCGCAACACUUAUGGAACUUAUCGCUCUUUCGCUGGCUCAGCAACCUAUACACUCCCGGCGAAGUUUUCCAACGAAACGCAAUUGAUAAGUCUGUUAAAGUUCGCCGUGUCAAAAACAAUUACUCGACACCCUGCUCUGUGUUUUGGACUUGUGCCGAAGUCAGAUACAUCAGAUGCUCAUUUUGCACGCUUGCCACAUAUCAACUGGGAAGAUGUCUUUGAGCUCAAGUCAAUAAAAACGUCGAUCGAAGAGCGGAAUGCUACUCUCGAAAAGGAAAUAGGCAUUGUUCACGAACACCUUUGGACUGACCAAACUCAGAAACCAGGAUGGAAACUUGUGGCGAUCAAGUAUGAUACCCUCGUUGAGAGCUCAAAGUCGACAAUUGAUGUCAUUAUACCCGUUCACCACGGCAUAGCUGACGGAGGAUCUGUCCGCGUCCUACAUAAAUCGCUAUUCCAAUAUCUUGCCGAGGGAACCGAGAGUCUUGACAUGAAUUCGACAUGGCCGCAUCUAAUACCUCCAACUACAGCCAUCCCAAUACCCAUCGAAGUUGCCGUUCCUUUCCCCAAAACAUCGAAGCCUACAACUUCAACGACACCUCCAACUCCACAGCCAUGGGCGGGAAAUUCUCCCCGUCUAGAUCCGUACGUUCCUCGUACACACCUGCUCAUUCUUCCAGCAGACAGCCUUUCUACUGCUCUAUCAGCUUGUCGUUCUCGCAAGAUAACAAUGACAUCCCUUUUACACGCCCUGUUCCUUCUUUAUCUAUCCAAAACGAUCUCCUCAGCUGAGGCAUUUUCUGCUACAACACCCUAUUCUAUGCGAAGAUUCUCCGGGGUUUCAGAUGACGAAAUGGUCAAUCACAUCGCAUUCAUAGUCACACAAUGGAAGUCUUCUUUGGUUGAUUCCCUUAGGGCCGCGGAGGAGGAUUCUGACGAAGAGAAAAUGGUUAUUCAAGAGGUCUCACAGCAGUUCACGGAGGAAAUAACAUCUGAUCUUGCCGGGAUUCCUACUGUUCACUCUGCGGGCCUUAUAGGAUUUGCUACUAUCCCAGAUUAUGACGCCUACUGUCAAGUAGGUCUCAAGAAGACUCGGAUUGAUGAGACGUACGAGAUAUCCAACAUCGGCUUGGUCAAACUACCAAACAAUGGAGACGGUGACGACAAAGUCAAGUUGGAGAAACUUGUAUUCAGUCAAAGUCCGUCUGUCACAGGACCAGCCUUUGAAGCAAGUGUUAUCAGUAUCAGUGAAGGGCCUAUGGUUGUAGCUUAUACCUGGCAAGAAGAUGUUAUUGGUGAAGAUGUGGUGAAAGGACUUGCUGCCUAUGUUCAAAGAAGGUUAGAGACUUUUGGGUAG